AUGGUGUUCGCACUCCCCGCCAAGCCGGCCUUCCUAGGUCCACCUCCGGCAACAACCACUCUCCAGCUCCUGCCCCCUCCCUCGGCUAUCUCAAGCUCCAGCUCCGACCAUGGAGGGCCCAGCUCCGCCUCCCUCAUAUCCUAUCCUCCUCUCUCCGCCGCUCGUCCAGAAGUCGACACGACCAAAUGCGCCCUCUGCGCCUUGCCGCCCAAAUACACCUGCCCCCGGUGUUCCCGCCGGACCUGCUCCUUGCCCUGCUCGACGGGCCAUAAGGCCAAAUACAGCUGCGACGGUAUACGUCAAGCGGAGGGAUACGUCUCGCUGCGAGAAUAUGGGCAAGGGGACUGGGCAGAGGAUUAUCGAUAUCUUGAAGAAGGGCGGAGGAGGGUUGAAGGGUGGGGGCAGGGGGUGAGGGAGGAGGAGAUGGUGACGGAUCCGAGGGGCGGGGAUGCGGAAGGCUCGAGAGGGAGAGGAGGGGCCAGAGGCGGACGAGGAGGGCGGGGAGGAGGGACGAGGGGUCCCAAGGGGAAGAAGAGCAAGUCGCAGAUCUUGCAGAUGGAGUUGAGGAGCAAGGGGGUCUGGGCAGAGUUCAUGCCGGAUGGUAUGGCCAGAAGGAGGCAGAAUCAGUCUGCAUGCAAUAAACAAGCCGGAACCGUCAACCUCACCGUCCAAUUGUCCAUCCCCCAACCCCUCCUCCCGCCAGACAAACCGGACUCGACCGAGGCAGACUUUCCAAAGCGACUUGGUACCGAAGUCAUAGAUCACAACACUCCGAAGCUCUUCACCCAUACUCGAGUCCUCUUUGCCCAUCCCACUCAGCCACUCCCGAACCUCCACAGCCUCCUUCCUCCCCUCAUGCUCACAGCAAGCGAUAUCGUCUUCCUCCUCCCAUUCUUCCCAUCGCCCGCGAGGCCCGCUCCUCCCGUAGAGGACACCGCAUCCCGAGCGGCGCGUCUCUUCUUCCCGCCUCUGGACCCGGAACUACCAUUCGCCGACGUCUUCCGCGGGACAGCAUGGGUCGAGUUCCCUACUGUGCACAUCAUGUCCAAGGUCGACUGGGAGCGUGGGCUCAAGAAGGGGGAGGUGGGAGUCGUUCCGCUUGCUCAAGCGAAGAAGAGGGGCGCGGAUGAUGCUGGAAUAGACGCGGUUACGCCGCGUCAGUGGGGAGGAGAGAGGGAUUCGGGGUGGGGCAUCAAGGGAAAGAAGGUGCAAGUAGUCCCGGUGGCGAAAAAGCAGAAGGUGGAGCUGAAGCGACCGGACGCUACUGCUGCGCUUGGCGCUUUGGGGGACUACGCAAGUGACGAUGAGGAUGAAGCUGGCGUGGGGGAGGAGGGACAGCUUCAGGAGGAUGAUGCGGAUGACUCUAACGAUGCGGAAGAAGGGGAAGACGGGGAGCUGGACGGAGACGAGGAGGAUGAUGAUGAUGCGGUGUAUGAUCUGCAGCCGGGCCAUGCGGGGUCGCUGUUGGCGGGCGUGCCUAGGGAUUUAUUGAUUGCUAUGAGUCACGCUAUAGAGGCGGAUAUGGCUUAA